CCUAAAGCGCCUCAGAAGAAGACGAAGACGACGAAGAAGAAGAAACCACAGUAAACUUGCAGAGCAGCCUUUGGACUUCUUCAUUAGCUGUAAACAUUCCCACAUGAGACGGCGAUAAAGCCACGCGACUGUGUAGCAUUAGUCUAGUCUAGUAUACGUCUUUAGUUUGGUUGUUGACCAUUAGGUAGUUGAUCAUGAACGUGGCUAAAGGGGGUUAUCGUGUUUUCUCUGCCAACUCAACUCCCGCGUGCACUGAACUCUCUAAGAAGAUCACUGAGCGUCUUGGAGUUGAGCUGGGGAAAUCUGUAGUUUAUCAGGAGUCGAACAGAGAAACGAGAGUUGAGAUUAAAGAGUCUGUGAGAGGCCAGACCAUCUUCAUCAUCCAAACCAUUCCCAGAGAUGUUAACACUGCUAUUAUGGAGCUGCUGAUUAUGGCCUACGCUCUGAAGACCUCCUGUGCCAAGAACAUCAUCGGCGUGAUCCCGUACUUCCCCUACAGUAAACAGUGUAAGAUGAGGAAGAGAGGAUCUAUAGUGUGCAAACUGCUGGCUUCCAUGUUAGCUAAAGCAGGUCUGACUCAUAUAAUCACCAUGGAUCUGCACCAGAAAGAGAUCCAGGGCUUCUUUGCAUUCCCUGUGGACAACCUGCGGGCUUCUCCAUUCCUGGUGCAGUACAUUCAGGAGGAGAUUCCUGAUUAUAGAAACGCUAUCAUUGUAGCCAAGUCCCCAUCUGCUGCAAAAAGGGCUCAGUCGUUUGCCGAGCGUCUGCGUCUUGGUCUGGCCGUCAUGCACGGAGAAGCACAGUGUUCGGAGUCCGACAUGGCAGAUGGGCGCCAUUCUCCUCCAUGUGUCCGCAACACCUUUGGACACUCCGGCUUGGAGUUGCCAUUAAUGAUGGCCAAGGAGAAACCGCCCAUCACAGUCGUUGGAGAUGUUGGAGGCCGCAUCGCCAUCAUUGUCGAUGACAUCAUUGAUGAUGUGGAGGACUUUGUGGCAACAGCGGAGAUCCUGAAAGAGAGAGGAGCUUAUAAGAUCUACGUCAUGGCCACCCACGGCCUCUUGUCUGCAGACGCCCCGCGUCUCAUCGAGGAGUCUGCCAUAGAUGAAGUGGUGGUGACCAACACUGUCCCUCAUGAGGUGCAAAAGCUGCAGUGUCCUAAGAUCAAGACAGUGGAUGUCAGCAUGAUCCUGGCCGAGGCUAUCCGACGCAUUCACAACGGGGAGUCCAUGGCCUACCUGUUCCGCAAUAUCACAGUAGACGACUAGCCAACAAACAGAUUGUGAGGUGCAGAGUUUAGGGGAAUAUUUCCUCUCUUACACAAUUGAGAGGUGUGUCAAUUCAGUUCCCUAUUCAAACACUGCAAUCACCUUCAUUUCCCAAAAUAAACCCAUUUUACUCUGCAAAACAAUUAAAGUAAACCUCCACUGCCAAAUUAUAUAGUGAAUGAAGUCUAAAAUAAAUGAAUAUUUACUCUAACAUUUGGCAGUGGGCAGAUAUGAAUAUAGAUAUGAAAUCAUGCAAAAAACAUAAUUUAUGCAAGCGUCCACUUACCUUUUACUCCCUUUUUUACUUUUAAGUGAUACUCUGCAGUAAAAUCAGCAGUUUUAGAUUUACUGGUAAAACUUUACAAUAAGCUACCAUUGGUUAACAUUAGUUAACACAUUAACGAGCAAUGAGCGAUUCAUUAAUCUUUUUAACAUUAGCAAAUCAAAAUUCAUUGUUAGUUCAUAUUAGUUCAGUUUAACAGAUACAACUUUUUAUUUUAAUAAUAUAUUAGUAAAUGUUGAAAAAAAAUAAAAAUAACGUGA